CCUUUCUCGAGAGCCUCUCUCUCUAGAGAAAAUACAAGAAAAUGGCUUCUCUCUUUAGAGAGCUCUCUUUAGGCCACUCUAAGAGAGAUUCCAUCCCACCACCGCUUAAGCCACCGCCAUUAUCCAUAAUGCUCUCUAAACCCACUAUCACCACUACUGAUCUCGGCUCCCCACUAGGCCAACUCGGCACCCAACUCUCCGAUUCCGACCUCCGGUCCACCGCUUACGAGAUCUUCGUCGCCGUUUGUCGUACUUCCUCCGGCAAGCCCUUAACUUACACUCCCAACUCCAAUUCUGACUCACCUACCAACCACUCGACUCACUCCCCUAACUCUCCUGCUUUGCAACGCUCACUCACCUCUGCUGCUGCUAGCAAAAUGAAGAAAGCUUUGGGGCUGAAGUCUCCGGGUUCGGGUUCUAAGAAGAGUCCGGGGUCGGGUCAGGGGAAGAUAAGGAGAGGUUUGACCGUUGGUGAGUUGAUGCGGGCUCAAAUGCGGGUCAGUGAGACUGUGGAUUCUAGGAUUAGAAGGGCUUUGUUGAGGAUUGCUGCCGGUCAGGUUGGAAGGCGAAUUGAGUCGAUUGUUCUUCCACUAGAGCUACUGCAACAGCUCAAGCUUUUGGAUUUUACUGAUCAACAAGAAUAUGAAAUGUGGCAGAAGAGAACCAUGAAAGUUCUUGAGGCUGGACUUCUUUUGCAUCCCCAUGUGCCACUUGAUAAGUCAAACCCUACUUCACAGCGGCUGCAGCAAAUUCUCCAUGGAGCUAUGGAUAGGCCUAUAGAGACUGGAAAGAAUAAUGAGUCCAUGCAAGUGCUUCGCAGUGCUGUUAUGUCACUAGCAAGUAGAUCUGAUGGGUCUCUCUCAGAGAUAUGCCACUGGGCUGAUGGGAUUCCAUUGAAUCUUCGACUCUAUGAAAUGCUUUUACAAGCCUGCUUUGAUGUUAAUGACGAAACAUCUAUAAUUGAUGAAAUUGAUGAACUGAUGGAACACAUAAAGAAGACUUGGACAAUCCUUGGAAUGAAUCAAAUGCUCCACAAUCUUUGCUUCACAUGGGUUUUAUUUCACCGUUUUGUUGCAACUGGCCAAGUAGAAACGGAUCUGCUUGAUGCAGCUGAUGGUCAGCUAGCAGAAGUUGCAAAAGAUGCGAAGACAACAAAGGAUCCGCAAUGCUCCAAGAUUUUGAGUUCUACAUUGAGUUCAAUAUUGGGAUGGGCAGAGAAAAGACUCCUCGCUUAUCAUGACACUUUUGACAGGGGGAAUGCCCAGACCAUGCAGGGAAUUGUUUCUCUGGGGGUGUUGGCAGCCAAGAUUUUGGUUGAGGAUAUAUCUAAUGAGUAUCGCAGAAAGAGAAAAAGUGAAGUAGAUGUGGCUCGUACCAGGAUUGAAACUUACAUCAGAUCAUCACUACGCACUGCUUUUGCUCAAAGAAUGGAGAAAGCAGACUCAAGCCGGAGAGCAUCCAAAAACCAGCCAAACCCUCUUCCUAUUCUUGCCAUCCUUGCAAAGGAUGUUGGUGAGUUGGCAGUUAACGAGAAGCAAGUAUUUAGUCCAAUACUGAAAAGAUGGCAUCCUUUCUCGGCUGGUGUUGCUGUGGCCACGCUUCAUGCUUGCUAUGGAAAUGAGAUAAAACAAUUCAUAUCUAGUAUAGUGGAAUUAACACCAGAUGCCGUGCAAGUGCUUAGAGCCGCAGAUAAACUGGAGAAAGAUCUGGUGCAGAUUGCUGUAGAAGAUUCAGUGGACAGUGAUGAUGGUGGGAAGGCAAUAAUCCGUGAAAUGCCUCCUUAUGAAGCUGAAGUUGCCAUUGCCAAUCUGGUUAAAGGAUGGAUCAAAGCAAGACUAGACAGACUUAAGGAAUGGGUUGACAGGAAUUUGCAACAAGAGGUCUGGAACCCGCAGGCAAAUCAAGAAGGAUACGCUCCAUCUGCCGUUGAAGUUUUGCGGAUUAUUGAUGAAACUUUGGAUGCAUAUUUCCAGCUGCCAAUACCAAUGCAUCCAGCACUGCUACCUGACUUGAUGGCUGGUCUUGACAGAUGCCUUCAGUAUUAUGCAACCAAGGCAAAAUCUGGCUGUGGAUCACGAAAUAAAUAUGUUCCAAAUAUGCCAGCAUUGACCAGAUGUACUGCAGGAUCAAAGUUUGUGUGGAAGAAGAAAGAUAAGUUACCAAACACUCAGAAGAGAAAUUCACAGGUUGUGACAAUGAACGGGGAUAAUUCCUUUGGGGUGCCCCAGCUCUGUGUUCGUAUAAAUACUUUGCACAGAAUCCGAUCAGAGUUGGAUGUAUUAGAGAAGAGAAUAAUAACCCAUUUGAGGAACUCAGAAUCUGCUCAUGCAGAAGACUUUACAAAUGGUUUGGCAAAAAAGUUUGAACUAACACCAGCUGCUUGUAUAGAAGGAGUUCAACAACUAAGUGAGGCUGUUGCUUACAAAAUCAUUUUCCAUGACUUGAGUCAUGUUUUGUGGGAUGGUUUGUAUGUUGGAGAGCUAUCAUCUUCUAGGAUUGAACCCUUUACCCAGGAGCUUGAGCGGAAUUUGCUGAUCAUUUCAAACACAAUACAUGAAAGAGUUCGGACACGAAUUGUUACCGACAUAAUGAGAGCUUCCUUUGAUGGAUUCCUGUUUGUUUUGCUUGCGGGAGGCCCUUCUCGUGCUUUCACGCUCCAGGACUCUCAGAUAAUAGAGGAUGAUUUCAAUUCCCUUAAAGAUCUAUUUUGGGCCAAUGGGGAUGGCCUGCCCGCCGAUUUGAUAGACAAGUUUUCAACCACAGUCAGAAGUAUCCUUCCCCUUCUCAAAACAGAUACAGAGAGUCUAGUUGAGCGUUACAGACGUGUAACCUUGGAGACAUAUGGCUCUUCUGCGAGGUCUAAACUUCCAUUACCUCCAACUUCAGGGCAGUGGAAUCCUACUGACCCAAACUCGCUUCUCCGUGUGUUGUGUUACCGGAAUGAUGAAGCAGCAUCAAAGUUUCUCAAGAAGAACUACAAUUUACCCAAGAAACUGUAACACACUGAGGUGAUGUACAUGGUAACUAAGCAGGCCUUGUCCUGUGGUUCUACUUGUCUUUGGCGAAGAUGACCCGAACAAAAUCCUCCCCAUGGCAUGCUUGGAAAAUCAGGACUGCCUUGGGAAGCUGCAGUGAAAUUGUAUAGUACUCUGUCAGUUAAUUCCAGUCGCUCUUUACCAGGAUCAGCAAUCCAGAAUGAAGAAAAAUUGAUAGGGGAUGAGUCUUGCCAAGCUUGCUUGGUGACCAAAAUGGUAGAAGAUCCAGGACUAUUUAUUUGACUAUAGCUCACCUUCUUCAGCCCUACAAUUUUAUCUUUUUUUGUCUAUUCUCUGCUGCAUUUUUUUCUUUUGACCUUUCCGAGGUUCUUUUUUCUUUUCUCGAUAAAUUCAAUGUUAGCGAGUAGUAGUUCUUUAUUAAACGGUGCAGUCCUGGUAUAGCUUCAUUAUGUUGAUUGUAGUGCUUGUAUUCUUUUGUUAGUAUAAAGGCAUUGGUUGAUUUGUUUCCC